AUGACGUACCGCGCCGCGCUCGCGCACCUGCGCGGAAGCCGCCCGGUCGUCAGCCCCAACGCGGGCUUCGCGGCGCAGCUGCAGGAAUUCGAGCGCCGCGGCGCGGACGCGUCACGGUGGGGCGGGUGGCGCCAGAUCGUCCAAGCCCGCGCCGCCGCAGCCGCGGCCGCGGCGGGCGCGGGGGAGGCGGUUGGCGCGGAGGCCGACUGCUCGUUCCUCGAGCCGGGCGCGCACAAGCAGUACGUGGUCGCGAUCCCGCCGCCGGUGGACGUGGGGCCGCGCGCGGGCGGCUGCGUCGAAGGCGUCGCGGGCGCGGGGCUUCAGGGGCCGCCCCCGCCUGAGUUGCUAGACAUGUCGCAGCUGCGGGUCGAUGGCAGCGGCGCCAGCGACCAACCGCUGCCAUAG